GAGGAGGAGACACGGAGCCAUUUUGUAGUCAUUUAAAAAGUUGCCGUCAGACUCCGCGGCCGCUUCAGCAGACCGCGGACCCCUACGGACCCCAGGGGCCCUUUCCCGGUGCCACUCUAGACCCGUCCGUCACCAUGAGGAGUAAAAGAAGCAAGACGAGGAAUAAAAGCAAGACGCGGAGCUGGGCGAAGAAGAGUUAGUGGUUAGUUCGUGUUCCUGUGAGUGUGAGUGUGUGUGUGAGAGCCAUGGAGGUCCUACCUGUGUGUUUGUGGCUCCGGGUGUGUGUCGUCCUCACCGCGCCGCUGCUGCUGAGGGGUCUGGAGCUGGACCUCUCCGAGACCCUCCGGCCCGGAGCCCUCCUGGCCGACCUCUCCCUCGGUCCCGGUCCCGGUUGGACUUACACAGUGAACCGGACUUUAUCCCCCGCGGUCACCCACAGCUGGUUCCGAGUGGACUCGCGCACCGGGGUCAUCCGGCUGUCCCGGAGGGUGGAUUGCGCGCGCGGGUUACGACCCCCGCAGAGCGUGUACUUCAGUACCACCUCGCGCACGUCCGGAGACGUGAUCCUGACCCGGUUCAACGUGCACGUGCACGGCCAGGACUGCUUCAUCAAGUACCGGAGGAAGAGCGCGGCGUCGCGUGAGAAGCCCGACUUUCGCAUCGCGCAGGUCAUGACCCUCGGAGGGGAGACCCCCUGCUGGGCCGCAGGUAAAGUGCUCGUGAAUGUCACCCAACUUUUGCCCGCCUUUGCGCGAGACGUCCCGUUAGAGGACGCCGUGUGUACCGUUGACGGGCUGCACGCGGUUUUCUUGCGAGGGAACUUAUUGCUGGCCGAAGACUUUUGCCGCGCACCGCGCGAGCAGAGCGCGCAGGUGGGUCUGCGGUGCUCGCUGCAGACCCACUUGAAUGCGCGCGGCGUGUCCAGGGGUGUGGACGUGCCAGCGCACGGGGUUUCCGUUCCAGCGCGCGGCGUGUCCGUGCGCUUGGUCUUGCGUGUUGUGUCAGCGCCCGUGCCAGUGGGAGAGCAUGGAUAUUUAUCUUUAGAGUCUGAUCGUGAGAUGUACAAUGACCCACAACAACAACAACACCGAGACCACCCGCGGGGCAGGAGGAGCGUCAACAACGCUCCUACGUUCAAGAUGCCCAACUACCAGCUGUCCCUGGCGGAGAACCAGGAGGCGGGCACGUCGGUCAUCACGCCGCGGGCCACGGACCCCGAUGAGGGCGAGGCGGGCCGGCUGGAGUACGUGAUGGAGUCGAUGUUCGACAGCCGCUCCAACGACCAGUUCACCAUCGACCCCCGCAGCGGCACCAUCAGCACGCUGCGCCCGCUGGACCGCGAGGUCAAGGACACGCACGUGUUCAAGGUCACAGCGCUGGACCACGGCACCCCGCGGCGCUCGGCCACCACCUACGUCACGGUGACCGUGUCCGACACCAACGACCACAGCCCGGUGUUCGAGCAGACGGAGUACCGCGACAGCAUCCGGGAGAACGUGGAGGUGGGCUUCGAGGUGAUGACCAUCCGCGCCACGGACGGCGACGCCUCGGCCAACGCCAACAUGGUGUACAAGAUCCUCAACGCCGACGACAACCCGGCCUUCGAGAUCGACGCGCGCAACGGCCUGGUGCGGGUGCGCGAGCGGCCCGACCGCGAGGCGCGCGACCGCUACACGCUCAUCGUGGAGGCCAACGACCAGGGCCGCGACCCGGGCCCGCACAGCGCCACGGCCACCGUGCACAUCGCCGUGGACGACGAGAACGACAACUACCCGCAGUUCGCCGAGAAGCGCUACGUGGUGCGCGUGCGUGAGGACGUGGCGGUGAACACCAAGGUGAUCCGCGUGGAGGCCACGGACCGCGACCAGGGCAACAACGCCAAGGUGCACUACAGCAUCAUCAGCGGCAACGUCAAGGGGCAGUUCUACAUCCACGCGCCCACCGGCGUCAUCGACAUCAUCAACCCCCUGGACUUCGAGAGCAUCCGGGAGUACAACCUGCGCAUCAAGGCGCAGGACGGGGGCCGGCCGCCGCUCAUCAACGGCACGGGGAUGGUGGUGGUGCAGGUGGUGGACGUCAACGACAACGCGCCCAUGUUCGUCAGCACGCCCUUCCAGGCCUCGGUGCUGGAGAGCGUGGCGGUGGGGUACUCGCUGCUCCACGUGCAGGCCAUCGACGCCGACUCGGGCGAGAACGCCCGCCUGGAGUACCGGCUGGCGGACACGCCGCCGGGCUUCCCGCUCGCCAUCAACAACAGCACGGGCUGGGUGACGGCGUGCGGCGAGCUGGACCGCGAGUCGACCGAGUUCUACAAGUUCCGCGUGGAGGCGCGGGACCACGGCGUGCCCGCCAUGUCGUCGGCGGCGAGCGUGAGCGUGACGGUGCUGGACGUCAACGACAACACGCCGGCCUUCACGGAGCGGCGGUACGAGCUGAAGAUCAACGAGGACGCGGUGGUGGGCACCAGCGUGCUCACGCUGACGGCGGUGGACCGCGAUGUCAACAGCGUGGUCACCUACCAGAUCUCCAGCGGGAACACGCGCAACCGCUUCGCCAUCACCAGCCAGAGCGGCGGCGGGCUGGUGACCCUGGCGCUGCCGCUGGACUACCAGCAGGAGCGGCAGUACGUGCUGACGGUGACGGCGUCGGACGGCACGCGCGCCGACACGGCCAGCGUGUCCAUCAACGUGACGGACGCCAACACGCACCGGCCCGUGUUCCAGAGCGCCAGCUACCAGGUGUUCCUCAGCGAGGACCUACCGGUGGGCUCCGUCGUCGUGGUGAUCGCCGCCUCCGACGAGGACACGGGCGAGAACGCCCGCAUCACCUACCUGAUGGAGGAGAAGGUGUCCCAGUUCGCGGUGCACCCGGACACGGGCGCCAUCACCACGCAGAUGGCGGUGGACUACGAGGACCUGUCGUCCUACACGCUGGCCAUCGUCGCCCGCGACAACGGCAUCCCGCAGAAGAUGGACACGGCGUACGUGGAGAUCAUCGUGGUGGACGCCAACGACAACGCGCCGCUGUUCCCCCGCGACGUCUACCAGGGCUCGGUGUUCGAGGACGCGCCCGUCUACACCAGCGUCCUGCAGAUCUCCGCCAUGGACAAGGACUCGGGCUCCAACGGGCGGCUGAGCUACACCUUCGCGGGCGGCGACGACGGCGACGGCGACUUCUUCAUCGAGCCGUACUCCGGCAUCAUCCGCUCGGCGCGCAAGCUGGACCGCGAGAACGUGCCUUCCUACAGCCUGAGGGCCUUCGCCGUGGACAAGGGCGUCCCCCCGCUGCGGGCGGCCGUGGCCGUGCACGUGGCCGUGCUGGACAUCAACGACAACGCCCCCGUGUUCGACCGCGACGUGCUGGUGGUCCGGGUGGAGGAGAACCGGCCCGUGGGGUCGGUGGUGGCGAGGAUCGGCGCCACCGACCCCGACGAGGGCACCAACGCGCAGAUCAUGUACCAGAUCGUGGAGGGCAACAGCCCCGAGUUCUUCACGCUGGACAUCUUCAACGGGGACCUGACGGCGCUGGUGGAGCUGGACUACGAGAGCCGGCGGGAGUACGUGAUCGUGGUGCAGGCCACCUCGGCGCCGCUGGUCAGCCGGGCCACGGUGCACGUGCAGCUGGUGGACGUCAACGACAACGUGCCGGUGCUGCAGGACUUCGAGAUCAUCUUCAACAACUACAUCACCAACAAGUCCAACAGUUUCCCGUCGGGGGUGAUCGGGGCGGUCCCCGCGCGGGACCCCGACGUGGACGACGAGCUGAGGUUCAGGUUCGAGUCGGGGAACGAGCUGAACCUCCUGGAUCUGAACAACCGGACCGGGGAGCUGCGGCUCAGCAAGGACCUGGACAACGACCGGCCGCUGGAGGCCGUCAUGGCCAUCUCCGUCUCAGACGGGCUCCACAAGGUGGUGGCCGUGUGCACGCUGCGCGUCGCCAUCAUCACCGACGACAUGUUGACCAACAGCAUCACCGUGCGCCUGGAGAACAUGUCCCAGGAGCGCUUCCUGUCCCGCCUCCUCGCCCUCUUCCUGGAGGGCGUGGCCGCCGUGCUCUCCACCAAUCGGGACGCGGUGUUCGUGUUCAACAUCCAGAACGACACGGACGUGCACGGCUCCAUCCUCAACGUGACCUUCUCCGCCCUUCAGCCCGGCGGGGCUCCCGGCGGGGGGCGGUACUUCCCCUCCGAGGACCUACAGGAGCACAUCUACCUGAACCGCACGCUGCUGAGGCACAUCUCCUCCCAGCAGGUGCUGCCGUUCGACGACAACAUCUGCCUGCGGGAGCCGUGCGAGAACUACAUGAAGUGCGUGUCGGUGCUGAAGUUCGACAGCUCGCCGCCCUUCAUCUCGUCGGACACGGUCCUCUUCCGGCCCAUCCACCCCAUCAACGGCCUGCGCUGCCGCUGCCCCGCCGGCUUCACCGGGGACUACUGCGAGACGGAGAUCGACCUGUGCUACUCCUCGCCCUGCCGCAACAACGCCCGCUGCCACAGCCGCGAGGGGGGCUACACCUGCGAGUGCCCGGAAGACUUCACCGGUGACCACUGCGAGGUGAACGUGAACUCGGGCCGCUGCGUGCCGGGCGUGUGUAAGAACGGCGGGGAGUGCGCCAACCGACUGAUGGGCGGGGUCAUGUGCCACUGCCCGUCGGGGGCGUACGAGAAGCCCUACUGCGAGAUGACCACGCGCAGCUUCCCCGGCCAGUCCUUCAUCACCUUCAGGGGCCUCCGCCAAAGGUUCCACUUCACCGUCUCCUUCAGGUUUGCGACCAGAGAGAGGAACGCUCUGCUGCUCUACAACGGAAGGUUCAACGAGAAGCACGACUUCAUCGCCGUGGAGAUCGUCAACGAGCAGAUCCAGCUCACCUUCUCUGGAGGAGAGACGAAGACCACGGUGUCUCCCUUCCUUCACGGUGGAGUCAGCGAUGGCCAAUGGCAUUCUGUCCAGCUCCAUUACUACAACAAGGAUGGGGGGAGUCUGCUGGACUCCACAGGGGCCCUGCGUCUCCCGCUCUAUAGCGCCUGGCUGGAGCUCUAUCAGAAGGAGCCCAACAUCGGCCGGCUGGGCAUCCCCCACGGCCCCUCGGGCGAGAAGGUGGCCGUGGUCGCCGUGGACGACUGCGACAUCGCCAUGGCGAUCCGCUUCGGCAACCAGAUCGGGAACUACUCGUGCGCCGCGCAGGGAACCCAGACGGGACAGAAGAAAUCUCUGGACCUGACCGGGCCACUGUUGCUAGGCGGAGUCCCAAACCUUCCUGAAGACUUCCCGGUCCUGAACCGAGACUUUGUGGGCUGCAUGGGGAACCUCACCGUCGACAGCAAGCCCACUGACAUGGCUAGCUUCAUCGCUAACAACGGCACCAACGCAGGCUGUCCGGCCAAGAAGAACUUCUGCUCGCGGGAAGUGUGUCAGAACGGAGGGGAGUGCGUGAACCUCUGGAACACCCAUGGGUGCAUCUGCCCCACCGGAUACGGCGGGAAGAACUGCGAACAGGGUGAGCGUGUGUGUCCAAGAGAGGAAUAAUUGGAGGGGGAAAAGGAGUUAAAUUUAAAAGCUGAACCAGUGACCCCACUGUGUGUGUGUGUGUGUGUGUGUGUGUGUGUGUGUGUGUGUGUGUGUGUGUGUGUGUGUGUGUGUGUGUGUGUGUGUGUGUGUGUGUGUGUGUGUGUGUGUGUGUGUAAAUGUGUCAGUUAUGUUCCUGGUCCACUCCCUGUCUCUCCAAACGAGUGAGGAUGAAGUCAUGUCAUCGUGUUGGACAACAUUAAUAACUGCUCUGUGUAACCCGCGGUUUGCGGUGUGUGUGUGUGUGUGUGUGUGUGUUUGUACUCUUCUCACGGCUCAGAGGUUUUACAUGACUCACGUUCUGCUUGUCCCGUCUUGCUCUGUAGAGAUGUUCCUGUGUGUGUGUGUGUGUGUGUGUGUGUGUGUGUGUGUGUGUGUGUGUGUGUGUGUGUGUGUGUGUGUGUGUGUGUGUGUGUGUGUGUGUGUGUGUGUGUGUGUGUUUGUCA